AAUGGACGGGAAGUUUCUUCAACAACCACAACAGCGACCUCGGUAGCUUUGCUAGCCGAAGUAGCGGAACAUGUGCGCUCUUUAUACGCUUUCUGUGAUUAUUAGCCACUGGGUUUUAAACACAUUUCUUUAUUAUCUACUAGUUACCCCUUUUAAUAUCGUAUGUACGUCAGCUAACUGUCUGGUUAAGGUAGCAGUAGCACUAGGCUAAUCGCUAAUGCUAACAUCCCCGACGAUGAGUUCAAAAAGCUACUACCCCCCUGCUAAAGAGGACUGCUGGACGGAGAAAGACGCUCUCGUGAAAGAGGAGAAGGAAGAGCAGUCUGUCACAGUUAAACAAGAAGUAGAGGAUGAGGCUGUUACAGUGAAAGAGGAGGGGGAAGAUAAACAAGAGGGUGCCGUUUUUACAGUGAAAGAGGAGACGACUGGCACGGUGAAAGAGGAGGAAGACGUUUUUGGAGUGAAGGAGGAGGGGGAGAUCACUGUCACAUUGGAGGAGGAAGAGGAGCAAAAUGGAGAUCUGAUUAACACCAGAGAGAGACCAGACUCAGAAGAACCAGAGCAAGAGACGUCUGAACCAGCAAGACGACACCACUGUUCCCACUGUGGAAAGAGUUUUACCCAAUUACGGACACUGAAGGUGCAUGAAAGAAUACACACUGGAGAGAAGCCCUACCAAUGUUCUCAGUGUGGAAAGAGUUUUACCCAGUUAGGGAGCCUGAAAAUACACAAUAGAAUACACACAGGAGAGAAGCCUUACCAAUGCUCUCAGUGUGGAAAGAGAUGUUCACAGUUAAGUUGCCUGAAAUCACAUGAGAGAAUACACACAGGAGAUAAGCCUCACAAAUGCCCUCAAUGUGGUAAUACUUUUAAGCGGUUAAGUAACCUGAAGGAACAUCAAAGAGUACACACAGGGGAAAAGCCUUACCACUGUUUCCAUUGUGAAAAGUGUUUCAGCUGGGUAAGGCAACUGAAAGAGCAUGAGAGAACACACACCGGAGAGAAGCCCUACCAAUGUUCCCAGUGUGGAAAGAGUUUUACCCAGUUCGGGAGCCUGAAGAUACAUGAUAGAAUACACACAGGCGAAAAGCCUUUCCAAUGUUCCCAGUGUGGAAAGAGUUUUAACCGGUUAGGGAACCUGAAAUCACAUGAGAGGACACACAAAGAAGAAGAGCCCCAUCCCUGCUCCCAGUGUGGAAAGAAUUUUACCUCAUCAGGCUUCCUGAAGAAUCAUGAGCAAAGACACAUUGGGGAAACGCCUUUCCAGUGCUCCCAGUGUGGAAUUAAAUUUACCUGGUUAAGGCAACUGAAAUCACAUGAAAGGAUCCACACAUGAGAGAAACGUUAGGAAUGCUCCCAGUGUAGAAAGAUAUUUACCCAGUUUAGGCACCUGAAAGACCUUGAGGUAACACACUCAGGGGAAAGCCUUACCCAUGCUCCCAGUGUGGACAGUGAUUUUUCACAUACUUACAAUUCAUGAGGUAACACACACAUUGCUCCCACACUUGUCUCAUCUUUUACUGAAAAUUGGUGCUUUGUGGUUUUGUUUACGCUCUUAUUUCCAUAUGAAAUCAAAUUGGAGAAAACCUACUCAAAUACACAUUUGUAUGUUUUAUGUUUUAAAAUCCCAAGAUAUGAAUUGAAUAUGGAGUGUGACCGUUUUUAUGUAGAUUAUGUACACACACUGUGAUUAAAUAGUCUUUUUUUUUUUUACUCUGGCUCUGUUUUUCUGUGUGUGUUGGGGAUGUGGAACACCGUUUGGGUCUUUGCGUGUCAAAAAAGAUACACGUCAAAUAACACUAUUUGAUGUGUCAAAUAACACUAUUUGAUGUGUCAAAUAACACUAUUUGAUGUGUCAAAUAAGCUUGUUGACCAAUCAGGAUAUGACUGCACGUCACCUAAUAAUUUAACGCGUUCAUACCUUUUUUUACGUAGUUAAUAUUACACAUUGAUUACAUGAUCACUUGUAUUUCAUAUGUCAAAACGUUUCAUCGAUACGUAUGUUAUGAUGCUGGUAAAGUUGACUCGUGCGCACCUACAGUGCUGGUCAUUAAAAAAAGCUAGCUAGCUCAUGGAUGCAAACAAUGUUCUUCCCCAAAUACAUAGCAACACGACAUAAUCUGUCUCAGUAGCUAUAGUUAACUAGCUAACUAUAUAGCUAGGUGUCAUCAUCUAAAAUAACCCUAUUUUAUAAGACAGUUUUAUUUGAUUAAUGGUGGUCGGACCCAUCUAUGUGAAGCUAGCCACAAUAAGCAUUAGCCACAAUAGUGGACUUUGCGGUUCAAAAUAAAAGUAUGUAAUUGACAGUAAAUCAAAUGAAUACAAAUAGUGGAAUAAUGCCAUAAGUGAAUAGAUCAUGCUAAACGAGGUUGGAAUGUUGUUUAUAUAAAAUCAACAAAAGACAAUUAGUUAAUUUGACAAAAAUCUGUUUUUAAUCACACUGGAUGUAUUAGACUUUAGAAUUGCAUUGGGGGCAUUCUUAUUUCACUGUACAGCCUUACCUAUGGAUUGUGGCUCAAUGACAUGGUGUAUCAGUCAACUCAGUGACAACCAGAGAACAUUAGUGUCUUAGCUCUUAUUGCGGGACUCAAACCACUGUGAAUUCAGCCACAUUUAUUGUCAACCUAUGUGUAUUGAACACUAUUCCAUAGGAAAAACAAUGCAAUGUUGGAGUCUGAGAAAAAAAGUAUUUGGAUACUGAGUCGACUGAUACCCCAUUUCAUUGAUCCGCAAACCAACCUUGUUUAACAUUAUCUAGUCUAAAUAUGGCAUGAUUCCACCAAUUGUAACCUUCUGCGUCACUUUCAACGAGGAACCUUUAUCUUGAAGGCAAAUCGCAAAUUCCACUAUUGUGGCUAGCUUCACAACACGUAACCCAGCCAUUUUGUUUUUCAUGAACUGAAGUUCAAUUUCAAUAGCCUUGCAGAAGCACCCCCAGAUCAUCACUGAUCCUCCACAACAUUUCACAGUGGGUGCGAGACACUGGCUUGUAGGCCUCACACCCACUGUGAAAUUUGGUGGAGGAUCGGGGAUGAUCUGGGGGUGCUGGAAUCGGGCAGAUUUGUCUUUGUGAAGGACAUAUGAAUCAAGCCACGUACAAGGUUGUCCUGGAAUAAAACAUGCUUCCUUCUGCUCUGACAAUGUUCCCCAACUCUGAGGAAUGUUUUUUUCCAGCAGGACAAAGCUCCAUGCCACACAGCCAGGUCAAUCAAGGUGUGGGUGGAGGACCACCAGAUCAAGACCCUGUCAUGGCCAGCCCAAUCUCCAGACCUGAUCCCCAUUGAAAACCUCUGGAAUGUGAACAAGAGGAAGAUGGAUGGUCACACGCCAUCAAACAAAGCCGAGCUGCUUGAAUUUUUACGCCAGGAGUGGCAUAAAGUCACCCAACAUCAAUGUGAAAGACUGGUGGAGAGCAUGCCAAGACUGGUGAUUGACUGGUAAGCUGUGAUUGAAAAUCAGGGUUAUUCCACCAAAUAUUGAAUUCCAAACUCUUCCUAAGUGAACAUUAGUAUUGUGUUGUUUAAAAAUUAAUAUGAACGUAUUUUCUUUGCAUUAUUGGAGGUCUGACAACACUGCAUUUUUUUUGUUAUUUUGACUAGUUGUCAUUUUCUGCAAAUAAAUGCUCUAAAUGAGAAUAUGUUUAUUUGGAAUUUGGGAGAAAUGUUGUCAGUAGUUUAUAGAAUAAAACAAAAAUGUUUUUUUUACCCAAACACAUACCUAUAAAUAGUAAAACCAGAGAAACUGA